AUGCCUGUCAUCUGUAUCGGCCCGGUAUGUGUCCCAUGGACUUGCAUCCCCGCCAUCGUUUUCUUCCUGUGGAAGUUCGCGAAGCCCCUGCUCCCAGCGGACUGGGCGGCAUCCAUUGAGAAGCAGGCGGCUAAGCUUUGGGAGGCCCUCGCCCCCUACAUGGAGAAGGUGCCCUUCUUCGGCAAGAAAAAGGGGAAGUGCACGAAGGAGAAUGGCGCAGCUGAAUCAGUGAGACCUGGCGAGGUGGGCCACCUGGCCUCCGCAGAGCAGCUCCAGGCGCUGCUGCAGCGCUCCAAGGAGGGUGCCUUCGGUGUCGUCUUGGACUUCACCGCGUCCUGGUGCAAGCCCUGUCAGGCCAUCAAGCCGCACUUUCAGGCCUUGGCGGGCAGCUAUCCCGGCCAUGUGUUCUUACAGGUCGAUGCAGACGAGCUCGAGGAUGUUGUCACACGAAGCGGAGUGAUGGGCCUCCCAACCUUCCAAGUCUACGUCGGGGGUGAGCAGGUCGGAUCCAUAACAGGGGCUGAUGAGGCGAAGCUGGGGACCCUCAUCAGUCACUUAGCAGCAAAGUAG